UCGUCCGGCUAGGUACGUAUAAUCAAUGAUGCUGGAAUUCUCCGUUCGCUUUUAAAGUGAUAUGACGAACCGAGUUUCGGUUAGUUUCCGCGAGUAGUUUGUUUUUCAAUGUUUUGAAUUUAAAUUUUAACAUGAUUAGUUUGAAUAUUUAUCAAGUGUUAGUUUCAAGUUGCUGGAUACUUCAGGUGUAUUCAAAGCUGUUUUCGUCUGGGUGGGUCGACGCCGACGAGUCGUGGAACCCAGCGACAGCGUCGACGUACCCAUUACGGAACUCAUCUUUUCCUAUUCAUCCAGAGAGACAUUUCCGUUGCAAGGAUGGAAACUACAUCUCUAGCGAUGACUUUUGUGCAGGUAAUCUGACUAAUGGACCAGUAUAUACGAUCAUCAUGAGUCCUGAACGUACUAUAAGUGUACAGUCGUUUUGUCGUGAUGGAAGUCAUAAUUCUCAUGGAUGCGAUGAAAUGAUGUGCGGCAGAAGUAAAUUCAAAUGUGAUAAUGAAUCGUGUUUGAGUAUAUCAGCUCGUUGUAAUACGAUUAAAGAUUGCUCAGAUGGAUCUGAUGAAUUGAACUGCGGAGAUGAAAUAAAUGUUGGAAAUUGUUCAUUGGCUAGUGGGAAAUUUUUAUGUCAUGAUAAGUUAAGAUGUUUGAAUUUAGAGAAGACUUGCGAUUACGAAUGCAAUUGUUUCGACUGCUCGGAUGAAAGUGAUAAUUGCACAUCGAUUAAUUACGAAUUGCUAGACAAGUGUCCCAAUUCUUACUUCAACACCCCGAGUGGUCCUAUGUGCUUGUGUGAUCCAAACAAACCUGAAAUGAAGAAUUUAUGCAAAGAAGUUGAACCAUGUAGAAAAGAGAAUUCUUGUAGCCAAAGGUGCUUUCAAUUUAGAAGUAAAAUGUUCUGCUCGUGUUAUGACAACUACACAUUUACUGAGGUGCGCAGUAGUUCAGGUUUUAUAUGCGUAAGUAAAGUAUCCUACGAUAAUUUAUUAGCGUAUGCGACUUCGACUGCGAUAAAAAUCGUCAACAUGACUUCCGGUGAAAAUAUAUUCACCAAGAAGAAAGUGCAGUGUGACGAAGUCGCAGGCACACGUGACCAUCUGUAUUACACAACUUACGACGACAGUGAUAGAAAAUCAAUUUAUAAAACUGCUAUUUCAUCUGGAGCUACAACGAAGGUGAUUCGAUCGAAGUCUACCAUCGUUUCAUUGGCAGUAGACUACAUCACUGACAAUCUGUAUUUUACCACAAAUACGUCGUUAUCAGUUUGUUCAAGCGAUGGCAAAAUUUGUUUGCAGUUGAAAUGCUGUAACGUGAGAUAUGUUGCUUUGGCUCCAAAAUUUGGAUUGAUGUUUUACGUGAAAAAAUCCGAUUACCAAGAUGAUAAAUUCAUUAUGAAGUCUGCAAUGGAUGGUUCAAAUGAAGAUUAUAUGGUAGAUGGUGGUUUCCGUCAUUUUACUCCGUUAGCAGUUGACGAAUCGACUCGAAAAUUAUACUGGUCACAACAGGAAGGAAAUGAAAUUUGGUCACUCUCGUUCGAUGAAGAACGUGCAGAUUUACGAUCGAUCAGAUAUCACGGCUACUUGAAUUAUUUCACUGUCCUAGAUAGCGAAUUAUUUUUCACGAAAUUUGGUGAUAAUGAAAUCUACAGAGUCCAGAACGUCGAACGUUAUGCAAAAUACAUUAAGAAAUAUCGCGAAUUUGGAUACGCAAUUAUUGAUUCUUCAGAUGGAAUUUUCGACGAAAACAGACAUUUCGUCGGGUCUCCAGCUGGAAAAAUAUAUUCUCCACGUACUACAGUAAUCACGUUAUCUGACAGUAACGCGACACGAUUGGUUGAUAACAACGUUACUUUUGCCAUUAAGAAUCUAUUCGCUUACAAUCGUCAAUGGAACGCUUUAAACAAGAAUCCUUGUUCGAAGACGUCGUGUAACGGCUUAUGUUUGAUACGUGGGCCAUCAUCGAUGAAUACCUCCAAUUUCGUUUGCGUUUGCGAGAAUUUGGCCUUGAAAAGUGAUCAAAACUGGUGCAACGAUUUUCAUCAACGAAGUAAUCCUAUCGCGAUGGAGGAUUUAAGGGAUGCAGAAGCUGGUGAAAACGAACCGUUAUUGUUGAAGAGCCAGAGUGAAGAAACUCAUGGGGUGUUUAUGGUAUCUGCUGUGCUGAUGGCUGUGUUUAUUUUAAGUCUGUUAGCGUUCGGAGUUCAUUUUAUGAGUAGAAAACAGAGCUGGCCUGAAUAUUAUGAUUCUUUACGAAAUUAUUGUAGAUUUAACAAAUCUAUCGAACGCGUUGAUAUAACCAAUCAAGUAGAGUUGUAGAUUUGAUGUGAUCUUAUUUUAUCUGUGAUAGAAAUUAUAAUUACCUAUUCAAAAUGUUAAGGUUUACUAGGUAUUUGUAUACUGAUAUGCUAUCUGUAUGAAAUCUCGGAGCAUUUAUAUGUAUUUAGUUAUUUAAAAAUAAAUAAGUAGAUAGGUAACUACUUAUCUACAUCAUAUUUUUGAA